AUGUCCGCCGAACAAAGCACUGGCGCUCCCUCUGGCGUCAAUGGCAAAGCUCCUGCUCACCCGCAUCGCAGCAGCCCCGACCAUCCCCUUGUCGAUGUUCAGCCCCCGCGCUUGUCUGAUUUGCAGCCAAAAUACGCUUCGGUGAUCCAGCACGACGACAGCAGCCCUGAAGCGCACGGGUGGUACGCGUCGUUUAAGCACACCAUCGGAGAAUGUGUCGGAGGCUUGGGAAUUGUCCCCUGCUGCCCUUGCCCGAACCCCUACAGACCCGUCCAGCAAGGUGAAGUCGGUUUGGUGACGCGAUUCGGCCGAUUUGAACGCGCCGUGGACCCUGGUCUUGUCAAGGUUAACCCUCUGAGUGAACGACUCGUCACAAUCGACGUGAAGAUCCAGAUUGUCGAAGUGCCUCGCCAGAUCUGUAUGACCAAGGACAACGUGUCUCUGAAUUUGACCUCCGUCAUCUACUACCAAGUCGUCUCCCCCCACAAGUCCGCAUUCGGUAUUUCCAACAUUCGCCAGGCGCUCGUGGAGCGUACCCAGACUACGCUGCGCCAUGUCAUCGGUGCGCGCGUCCUCCAGGAUGUGAUUGAACGUCGUGAGGAGAUCGCCCAGUCGACAUCUGAAAUCAUCGAGGAAGUGGCUGUAGGCUGGGGUGUCAAUGUCGAGUCCAUGCUUAUCAAGGACAUCAUUUUCAGCGAUGACCUCCAGGACUCCCUGUCCAUGGCCGCCCAGUCCAAGCGUAUUGGUGAGAGUAAGGUUAUUGCUGCUCGUGCCGAAGUCGAAGCUGCCAAGCUUAUGCGCCAGGCUGCCGAUAUUCUUUCUUCUGCUCCUGCCAUGCAGAUCCGAUACCUCGAGGCGAUGCAAGCCAUGGCCAAGACGGCGAACAGCAAGGUCAUCUUCCUCCCCGCGACAAACCAAACUGUGCAACAGCAACUGGCGACUGCCGACAACGCCGGCGAAGGGCCAAGCCGUCAUGCCCCACAACAAAAUGAUGGGUUCCAAGAUGGAUUCCAGCACGCGAUCAAUGCCCGCGUGGUGGAGGACAUCUAA